GGAUGGAUUCUUCAUUGCCUCUAUGCUUGUAAGAGUAGAGCUUGUAGUGAAUGAGAAGCGUGCCUGCAAUUCUUUCAUUCAGUUGGGGUCACGAAUCCCCUGGUCUCGCAUUGAUGGAUCUGUGCCUUUAGAUUUAUCUAUUGAGGAGGUGAAUGUAUUUGCUCAGCUUAUUGCACUCGCGGUAGCGAUGGGGUCUAUAUUGGAGGAAAUUUCUGCCGCGACGACUUUUACAUCAAAAGAGGAGGAAAAAGACAUCGAGGUGCUUCCUGGGAUGGUAAUUAAAGUUGAUGGAACAGUGGUGCGAAAUUCAGACCACGCUUUACCCACCACCGAUAUCAACGUUUCAUCUUCCCCUAUUUUCGUGAACAAUGUAGCAUCGAAGGACAUAGUGAUUGAUUCAGAAGCAGGCGUUUGGGGCCGAUUGUUCCUGCCAGAAUCAGUUACCGGUGAUCAUACCAAUAAGCUACCACUCGUAGUUUACUAUCACGGUGGUGGCUUCUGCAUGGGAAAUGCAGGCGGUGAGAGUCCCACUUAUCAGUCCAUAAGGCUGUGUAGGACCUCCAAUGUUGUGGUAAUAUCGGCAAGUUACAGGCUUGCCCCUGAGGAUCGACUUCCUGUUGCUUUUAAGGAUGCAUGUACUACCAUGUCAUGGCUCCAAAAGCAGUGCAAGUAUCAAGCUGGCGAAGCGGAAGCUGGAGAUCCAUGGCUUAUGAACCAUGCAGAUUUCUCAAGGGUGUUUGUCAUGGGGCAAAGUGCUGGAGGCAACAUUGCGCAUCAUGUAGCUGUGUUCAAACCUAUUGACGAGUUGAAGCCACUCAUAGUUCAGGGAAUAGUGCCAAUUGUGCCAUUCUUCAGUGCUGAAGCUAUAAGCGAAUCCGAGAAGAAUGUUUCUGAAGACGAGAUUCUACCGCUUGGAAAACAUCACACAUUCUGGCGGUUGGCUCUUCCCUUAAAUGCUACUCGAGACCAUCCCUACUGCAAUCCUCUCUCUGCAGAUGCUCCUAAACUUGCGGAAGUGAAAUUUCCAAGACUUUUGGUGAUUGUAGGUGGCAAAGAUCCCUUGUAUACAAGACAGAUCGAGUACUAUGAUGCUUUGAAGCAGGCAGGCAAGGAAGUUGAGUUGGUUGAAGUGCCUGAAGGCACGCACAUUUUCCGCAAAAUUCCUGCCUUAGAAGCAGAAAACGUAAGAGUGGACAAGGCCAUUUCUGACUUCAUACACAAGUCUGAAUGAUCCGAGCUGUAUUAUCGGAUGCAUACACUUGCUCAAGUUUGAGUCAGGAAUCAUUUUGGAAAAAACAUAUAUAUUGUGCAUAAUUAUGAGCUCAUGAAUCAGUAUGAAAGCAAGGUAUUGCUGAGCUGAUUCAAACAUUGGAUUAAUUGUUGUAUUCGCAAACAGUCAGGUGCAAACGUUGAAGGCUCUUCCAUAUCAUUAUGAGCAGUUUUUCUUUA